CUGCGUUGCAAAGCCCACGUGACCAUUUUCAACACGUGACCCUCUGGAACAGAAAGUGUCGACAUGGCUUCAGCUGCACAACCCAUCUACUGGCUGGGUAAUGACACCCUGAGGGUGUCCGCUGCCCUUUUCGCUGAGAAUCGUCAAAGAUUGUGCCUGGGGUUGAGAGCUAAAAAGGCUUUACUGCCAAAGUCAGUCGUGUUGCUGCAAGGGGGAGAGCAAACGCAGAGGUACUGCACGGACACCGACAUCCUCUUCAGGCAGGAGUCUUUCUUCCACUGGGCUUUUGGAGUGACAGAGGCUGACUGUUUUGGAGCCAUAGAUGUGGACACGGGAAAAUCCAUUCUUUUUGUUCCUAAACUGCCUGAAAGCUAUGCUACUUGGAUGGGGGAGAUCUUUCCUAGGGAGCACUUCAAGGAGAAGUACGCUGUUGAUGAGGUGCAGUACACCUGUGACGUUUCUGAAGUCCUGUCCAACAUGAAGCCAUCAGUUCUCCUGACACUGCGAGGACAGAACACGGACAGUGGGAGCAUCUGCCGUGAAGCCUCCUUUGAAGGAAUCAGCAGCUUCCAAGUGAACAACACUCUCUUACACCCAGUCAUUGUGGAAUGUCGCCUCCUUAAGACUGAUAUGGAGUUGGAGGUCCUGCGCUACACCAACAGGGUUUCCAGUGAAGCCCACAAAAUGGUGAUGAAAAACAUCAGACCUGGAAAGAAAGAAUAUGAAAUGGAAAGUCUGUUCCAGCACUAUUGCUACUCCAAAGGCGGGAUGCGACACACUUCCUACACCUGCAUCUGUGGAACGGGCAAUAAUUCCUCUGUCCUCCACUACGGUCAUGCAGGGGCUCCAAAUGACAAGACAAUUCAAGAUGGAGACAUGUGUUUGUUUGACAUGGGAGGAGAGUACUACUGCUACUCCUCAGACAUAACCUGCUCCUUCCCGGCCAACGGAAAGUUCACUGCAGACCAGAGGGCAAUCUAUGAGGCGGUCCUAAAAUCCUCACGCGCCGUCAUGGCUGCCCUCAGCCCAGGUGUGAAAUGGACUGACAUGCACCGUCUGGUUGACAAAGUUCACCUGGAGGAACUUGUGAAGAUUGGCAUCCUGCAUGGAAAUGUUGAGGACAUGCUGAAGGUCCACCUGGGUUCUGUCUUCAUGCCGCACGGCCUGGGACACCUGCUGGGCAUUGAUGUUCACGACGUGGGAGGUUACCCAGAGGGGGUGGAGCGCAUUGAUGAGCCUGGACUAAAGAGCCUGCGAAUGGGCCGCCUGGUGCAGGAGAGGAUGGUCCUCACUGUGGAGCCUGGGAUAUACUUCAUAGACCACCUGCUGGACAAGGCCCUGGCCGACCCUGCUCAGAGCUGCUUCAUCAACUCCCAAGUGCUGGCCCGCUUCAGAGGCUUCGGAGGGGUCCGCAUCGAGGAUGACAUUGCAGUGACGGCCAAUGGCAUGGAGCUGCUGACCUGCGUGCCUCGAACAGUGGAGGAGAUCGAAGCUUUCAUGGCCGACUCUGACAAAAACUUCGGUGCUGAGAAUGCCUAAAUAUAAAACAGCAUAUCAUGCAAGUUACUCAAGUCUGAGCUAUCUGAAAUUACCUCUGAUCUUAUUUUAAAUACAUAAAAUGAAAAGUAUCAUUAGAAGAAAAUUCUCUCAUUUCCUCCCUGAUCCUUCUUAUAAAGGUUUUUGGUGAUUUAAAGUUAUUUAUCAAUGUAAACAGCAAUAUCUUGAUUUUUGGAGAUUUUUUUAAAACUAAUUUCUUUCUUUCUCAUUUUCUACAACAAAAUGAAGUGGAAAUAAAAAUUUAAGCUUGUGCAACAGAUUUGUUGAUAUAUUUCAUUUUUAGAAAACAGCCAUUUUAAACUUUUUAAACAAUGUAUAUUUUCUUCAUUAUCAUGGUUGUAACCUGAAGACCAGGAUGGAAAAUGGCCACUAUUAAUGGUCACUUCAAUAAACUCAUUGCAGAUUUUUGGUG